GCAGGAUGCUUCCCCACUGUAGCCUCGUUUUGGUUUUAGCCGCAACUUCGUCGGUGUUUGUGACAGCCUUACCUCAUAGUAGAGUAUGGGCUAUGCCAGAACCAGGUCCAGCAGCAGAGCCAAUGCCAUCUGGAAACGUAAUGGCAUACCCUUAUCCUAGACCAGAAAGACCUAAGCCUAUGGGUAUGGUUCCUUCGAGAAAUCAAAACGGUGUAUCACCAAUGAGAAUGAUGCCUAUGGGUGCAGCUCCAAUGAACAUGCAAAUGGGUGCCAUGAGGCAAAUGCCAAUGAUGAACGUUCCAAUGGCGCCGUCUAUGUCUAACCCAGGUAAACCAAUGCCAGGAAAAGGAGGAGCAAAGGGAGCCACAGCUGGUGGUGAAGGUGCUGGAGCAGCUGGUGGAGAAGGUGCCUCCGCUGGUGGUCCACCUCCCCCCGACGAUAUCGAAGGAAUGGCCGCCAUCGCAGCUGCUGUCGCUGCUGGUAUUUCGCCUGAUGACCCUCUCCCACCUUCAGCAGGAUCUGGAUCCCAGGCUAAGGCUUCCAUGCCGAGAAUGCCAACACCAAUGAUUAUGAUCCCAGCUCCAAUGAUGACCCCAAUGAAUAUGAUGACAAUGCCAGUUGCCAUGAUGGGCGCCAAUAAAGGAGCUGCCAUGAUGGGCGCCAAUAACGGAGCUGCCAUGAUGGGCGCCAAUAACGGAGCUGCCAUGAUGGGCGCCAAUAACGGAGCUGCCAUGAUGGGCGCCAAUAACGGAGCUGCCAUGGGAAUGCCGAUGAUGCCAGCACCUGGAAUGACGCCUGGCGCUGGAGCUAUGAAUCCUGCUGCAGGUGCCAUGAUGAUGCCUGUUAUGGUGAUGAUGCCAGCAGGAGUAAAUUCACAGCCCCCAGCAGGUGGAAUGAAACCUGUUCCCUCUGCUGCGAUGGGUGGAAACAGUGGGAUGCCAAUGGUAAUGAUGCCAGUAGCUGCAAGAAUGGGCGCCGGAAUGAAUACUGUUGCUGCAGGCGUGAUGGGCGCAAACAUUGGAAUGGGGAUGAUGCCUGCGGGUACGGGAAUGAUGCCAAUGGGGAGAAACGCAUCACCGCACAAAAGACGGUACAGAGCUCGAAGAGCGGCAUCCGGAAACGGAUACGCUCCAAUUCAAGGAGUGAACAUGGGUGAUAUGAUGGGUGCCCCUAAUGGCAACAUGGCUUCUCCUAAUGGCAACAUGGCUUCUCCUAAUGGCAACAUGGCUUCAAUGAAUAUGAUGAAGGGAUCAAUGGGAAACCAGAACAGGGCCAACAUGAUGAAUAUGGAUGACAUGAUGAAAAUGUCCCAGACGAAUCGAAUGGACGACAUGAUGAAACAUAUGAACAAUAUGGUGAAUGCUGCUAAAGGUCAACAGAUCAGGGAUGAUAUGAUGAAUGCAGCGAUGGAUGAUGCUAUGAAAAUGUCCCAAAUGAAAGGAAUGGAUGAUAUGAUGAAUGCAGCAAACGCACAAGCAAACAUGAAUGCCAUGAUGGGCAUGACUAAUAUGAUGAAAAAUGCUCAAAAUUCCCAGAAAAAACAAAUGGAUGAUAUGAUGAAUGCAGCAAACGCUCAAGCAAACAUGAAUGCCAUGAUGGGCAUGACUAAUAUGAUGAAAAAUGCUCAAAAUUCCCAGAAAAAACAAAUGGAUGAUAUGAUGAAUGCAGCAAACGCUCAAGCAAACAUGAAUGCCAUGAUGGACAUUGCCAAUAUGAUGAAAAAUGCUCAAAAUUCCCAGAAAAAACAAAUGGAUGAUAUGACGAAUGCAGCAAACGCUCAAGCAAACAUGAAUGCCAUGAUGGACAUGGCCAAUAUGAUGAAAAAUGCUCAAAAUUCCCAGAAAAAACAAAUGGAUGAUAUGAUGAAUGCAGCAAACGCUCAAGCGAACAUGAAUGCCAUGAUGGACAUGACUAAUAUGAUGAAAAAUGCUCAAAAUUCCCAGAAAAAACAAAUGGAUGAUAUGAUGAAUGCAGCAAACGCUCAAGCAAACAUGAAUGCCAUGAUGGACAUGGCCAAUAUGAUGAAAAAUGCUCAAAAUUCUCAAAAGAUGAAUAAUGUGAUGAAUGCUAAUAUGGCUGCAGAUUUGACGAAAAAUGCCAUGAAUAUGAUGAAUAUGCCAACACAACAAAAUAACAUGGGAAACGGAGCUAUGGACGCUAUUUUGAGGGCUUGUAUGAAUAUUGUGAAUGGAGUGAAUUCGGGUAAUACGAAACUAUUACCUAACGUUGACAUGAUGCCUCCAAUGCCUGAACCAGUGCAAACAAAUAAUAUGCCAUCACCAAUGAACGGUAUGCCCUCACCAAUGAACGGUAUGCCCUCACCAAUGAAUGGUAUGCCCUCACCAAUGAACGGUAUGCCCUCACCAAUGAACGGUAUGCAGAUGGGCAGUAUGGGAAUGGAGAUGCCAGAACCGGCUCCAGUGAAUGGUAUGAGAAUGGCAGAUAUGAACGGUAUGGCGUCCCCAAUGCCUGAACCAAUGCCAAGUGCUGGUAAUAUGGGUGCUAUGAAUAAUAUGAAUGGAAUGAAUAUGCCAGCACCCAAUCAAGAAAUGAUGCCAACAGUACCAGAGCCACUGUCCGUGAACAAUAUGCCAUCAUCUAUGAAUGGAAUGAACAUGGGAAUGAUGCCUUCUCCUAUGAAUGGUAUGAUGCCAGCCCCCAAACAUGACACCCCUUCAAUGCCCGAACCAACGCCAAUUAACAAUAAUAACAUGGGCAUGCCAAUGAACAACAUGCCUUCCAACAUUAAUAGUAUGCCUCAGCCCCGGCCAAUGCCUCCAUCGAUGAACAUGGGCAACAUGGGAAUGAUGGCAUCUCCAAUGAAUAAUAUGAUGUCAGCACCGCAAGAAAAUAAUUUGUCUCCAAUGCCAGAGCCCAUGCCUAUAAACAACAUGCCUUCAAACGUGAAUGGUAUGUCUGGAGCAAUGAAUGGUAUGUCUGGAGCAAUGAAUGGUAUGCCAGGGCCAAUGAAUGGUAUGCCUUCAAAUAUGAAUGGUAUGUCUGGAGCAAUGAAUGGUAUGCCAGGGCCAAUGAAUGGUAUGCCUUCAAAUAUGAAUGGUAUGUCUGGAGCAAUGAAUGGUAUGCCAGGGCCAAUGAAUGCCAUGCCGCCAUCGAUGAACGGAAUGAAUAUGGGUAAUAUGGAAAUGAUGCCAUCUCCAAUGAAUAAUAUGAUGCCAGUGCCAAAUUCAAACAUGAUGCCCGCAGUCCCAGAGCCGAUGCCAAUUAAUGGAGUAAACAUGGGUAAUAUGGGAAUGAUGCCGGCACCACAAAAAAAUAAUUUGUCUCCAAUGCCAGAGCCCAUGCCUGUCAACAUGCCUUCAAACAUGAAUGGUAUGUCUGGAGCAAUGAAUGGUAUGCCUUCAAAUAUGAAUGGUAUGUCUGGAGCAAUGAAUGGUAUGUCUGGAGCAAUGAAUGGUAUGCCUUCAAAUAUGAAUGGUAUGUCUGGAGCAAUGAAUGGUAUGCCUUCAAAUAUGAAUGGUAUGUCUGGAGCAAUGAAUGGUAUGCCAGGGCCAAUGAAUGCCAUGCCGCCAUCGAUGAACGGAAUGAAUAUGGGCAACAUGGGAAUGAUGCCAGCCCCCAAACCAGCAAUGCCUGAACCGGCCCCAUCAAACGGAGCGCCGUCAUCCAUGAAUGGAAAUAAUGCGGGUGUUAUGGAAAUGAUGGGAAUGAUGUCAUCUAACGGAAAUAUGAUGCUUCCUAAGUCAGUUUCAUUGGUAAUGAAUAACAUGCCCCAGCCUGGUAACAUGGGAAAUAUGGGAACAAAGCAAUCUUCAAUGAACGGUAUGCCAAACAAUGCACAACGAAAAGCUGUAUAUUAGAGAUAAGAGUGUACGUGGCAGAUACCAUAGAGCUUUCAGCAGAUCUACAAACACUUCAGAACGAUUCCGUCAUAGGAGAGUGACUUGUGUGCUCUCGAGUUUAGUGAAUUCAUCCCAUUUGUGCCAAUCAAUGUGCAAAAACUGUGAUUGCCUACCUUGUGUGCUGUCGCCUGUUGUUCAUUUACUGGAAAUGUGGCUUUUGUGAUUAAAUGAAGUUUGUUAUCCUUGUGUACAAA